AUGUCAUCUCAUUUGUUUGAUGAGUAUUGUUUCUCCUGGAAGUGGACAACUAUUGCCGGCGUUCUGUUACUGGGUCUUGGAUCUAAGGUGCUGUUCAGACCUUCAGAUUUGAUUUCACAUAUCCUGAAUGUUUGGUUAUGCUGGAAACACCCAAUAAAGAGUACUGAGGCUGGGAGAUCCCUUCCAACGGUGCCAUAUAGAUUUCCGAACGGCCAAGGAGAUUCGGCCAAGUUUCUCUAUGGCAAGGAAAAUAGCUUAAAGUGGGAAAAGAAACAUGGACAGAUUUAUCGUAUCUGGUCGGGUAGAACUCCUGAAGUAGUAUUGACCCAGGCUGCGCACAUCCAAGAAGCCUUCAAGGAUUCAGACAAACACAUCAAAGCAGUGAACAAUAAUUCUGGCUAUUACAUGGGACAGCUUCUGGGAAAAUGCGUCGGCUUAAUCAGCGGAAACGAAUGGAAGCGUGUAAGAACAGUGUGCGAACGCCCUUUCUUCAGGCCAGUAUCCGGUUCUUAUAUCGAAUGCAUGCAGAGAAAAACCGUUUCUCACUUUGAUGAACUACGGAAGCACUCAAAACUCUCCGAAUGCAUUAUUGAUCCAGCUCAAGAUUUGAAAUACUUGCCGUUCUGGAUUGUUGCUGAAAUCAUAUAUGGGCAACUGUCUAAGGAGAUGGAGCAAGAGCUUAAAGUCAUGGCUCCAAAACGAGAAAAGCUGUUCAAGUAUGUCAUUGGUGGAGGUCUUCCGCGCUUUACCUGGUCAAAGUAUUUGCCAACAUCAGCGAAUCGAGAAUUGCAUGAGUUCCGGAGAGACUGGUUAUCCUUCAAUCGCCGUGCUCGAGAACAAGCCAUCAGACGAAGCACAAAUACUUCAUUGGUACAAAUGUACCAAGCGGUUGACAGCACUGAAAUCAGCGAAGAACAGCUCCUGCAGACAAUUGAUGAGAUGUUAUACGCCAAUCUUGACGUGACCCUGGGGGGCAUAUCUUGGAAUUUAGUAUAUCUCGCAGCUUACCCCGAAGCACAAGCGCGUUUGCGUGCUGAGAUCGGAACAAGACGGCAAGAAUCGGAGGCUGGCUUCAAUGCCUACAUAUUGGAAUCCUCAACUUACCUUGCAUCUUGCAUUUCCGAGUCAUCCCGUCUUCGUCCUCUCGCCGCAUUCUCCGUUCCACAAGCAAUUCCAACCGGUCGAUUUAUUGGUGGCUACUACUUCCCUCCGAAGACCAAUUUUGUGAUUGAUUCCCACGCUUUGAAUCAACGAAACCCGUAUUGGGGAAAGGACUCUUCAAGGUUUCGCGCUGAUCGAUUUUUCGAGCGGACCCCAGUUCAAGCUAGGUACAAUUUUUGGAGAUUUGGGUUUGGGCCUCGCCAAUGCAUGGGCAAAUAUGUGGCAGAUGUUAUGAUUAGAAUUUUGCUGAUUCAUCUUGUGGAAGGGUUUGAGUUGGGCAUAAUGGCCGAGAAUGAUGAAUGGAAGCGUGAACCAGAAGUUUGGAUAAAUCAACCUCGGAUGCAAUUGAGAUGUAUGGCAUUGAGGUCGAAAGAUAUUAUCAUGGCACAAUUCAUCCCCAAGCAGUGUGCGCCACGAAGCCCGGCUACGAUGGCAGAGUUGAUGGGCGAUGUUUCUGUUCAGAUUGCCCAUAAAACGGUCGCCAUAGCAGAACUUGGAUCUGGCUCAACAGUACUCGACAACGGCUGCGGAAAUGGCGUGGUCACCCUCGCAAUCAUUAAUGUCGGAAAACCUGGCGAUAUUACUAUUUUUGCUACCGACUUGAACCUGAAGAUGUGUGAAGUCACUGCUGCGCAAGCAGCCUUACAGGGCUGGGCUGACUCUGUCACGACUGCUAAAAUGCCUGCGGAAGCCUUAACAUUUGACGACAACUUUUUCUCGCAUAGCUUUACUAAUUUCGUUAUCCAAGCAUCCCAGGACCCUGCAAAAGUCGCAGAUAGUAUUUAUCGCACCCUCAAACCAGGCGGCACCGCGAUAGUUACUACCUGGGCGAAAGGCGCUCAUAUACCUGCAGCCUUAGCGGCGCACACUGCAACUCGAGGAGCUGAUGCAUUUCACGAAUUCAAGAAGGGAAAAGAAUGGCAGGAUCCUGCGCACUUAGAGGGGAUUCUCAAGGAGGCCAGAUUUACAUCUAUCCGCAUAGAGCAGUGCAAUAGUAUCAUGGCGAUUUCCGAUUUGAAACGAUGGUCUUUAAUCGCUUGGAGUUUCUUUGGCGGACUGGCAGAUGGAGGCUGGACACAAGCAGAUGAAGGGAAGUUUCAGCAAGCAGUAGAUACAAUCUAUACUGCCAUGUUGGAGACUGAGGGCGUUAAGACUGAUGGUAAGGGUGGAGUGAAGUUUAAGAUGGUUGCCAAUAUUGCAAUUGCCAGAAAGUAG